AUGAUAUUCUUCUUCAUUCUUGGCUUACUUUACAGUGCCAUAAAUCCUGUUCGAAAACUCCCUAUUCAUAAGAAAUGGGAACUUGCUGAUGGACGUUUCUUAUUACUUAGAGAAGGAACUAUUUGCCAACACAUGUUUGUGUAUAGAUGUUAUUUGGAUACAAGAGCUUAUAUUUCUGAUGGCACCAAUGAGGUCGAUUUUACCAAAACUUCUGGCAUAGUAAAACUUGCUGAUGGAAGAACUGCUAAAGUCGGUGACGACAAUUAUUUGAGAGUAAUUGGAAGUAGUCUUGAAUCGACAGAAACGCAUCGACUGGGACAGGUUGACCGGUUUUUAGAUUAA